UGUCAACUGACUUGGUUCACAUCAAAUUAGUGCUUAGUCUACCGGAUUUCAUUGAGGCAGGCGACGUGACACAUGGAGGGGUAGAAGAGGAGGCGGAUAAGAAAUGAGUUGGGGAAAGAAGCUGAAGACUUCAGGUGUACUUUUUAAACCAAGAAGGGGAGCAGAGAAGAGGCCUGAGGAAGAGGGGAGUAGAUGAGUACAGUUGAAGGAGGAGUAAAUUGGGAGGAUCUUAAGGAAGAGAGGAUGAGUGAAGACGUGGAUCUGGAGCAAGAGGGAAUGGAGAAGUCUGCCUGAACAACGGAGAUGCAGCGGAAUAAAAGAAGAUAAGAGUGAUUAUGGUGACCUGUGUAAGGAGUGGGAAACUACUGGCAUGAGUGACGAGACAACAAGGACCGAUAUCUCCUCAACAUCCACUAACCCGGGUAAUGAAACGUUUAACACCGCUAAAUAAAUACUAAAUACAGGUUAGUUUCUCUGACACAGAUGAAUCCUAAUCAUGGUCUAAAAUUCUAGCUCAAGUGAGAAUCUCUAUUGAAAAUGCUUGUGUGUCCAGGAUUAGGCAUAAUCUGUGUCUGGGAUAGCUCCCAUGUAUGACUGGCCUUGUGUUGGCCAUAAUUUAGUUGAAGAAAGUAAUUUUAUUGAUCAUUUCCACAGGUUUGUGAAACAAUUUAAGUCAAGAUACUGUACGUAGUUAUUCAAGCACCCUCUAGUGGUGCAAUGUGUCUUAUUUGAGAAGAACCACAAUGAUAUUGUCAUGGUGGUGGUAUGAUUGACUAAGGCUGCUUCCCAAAUGGCACCCCGGUCAAAAGUAGUGCACUAUAUAGGUAACCUCGUUCCCAGACACUUCUGCCCAAAUGCAUGGAAGGUCUAGUUGACCAAUACGUCAAACUAAGCAUUCGUUAGCCAAUAAGAAAGAUGUGAAUCUCCCGGCGUGAUAGGCAUUGGCUUAAUCUACCAACCAAUCAUCUCCCCCUACAGCUUCCCCCAUGUGUCUUGUGCACCUCUGUCGUAUCAGAGAGGGCGAUGCAAAAUAUUUUAAUCAUUCCAAAAUCUGUCCACGAAAAAUAAGCCCACAAGUUGAGUAAUUUUUGUAUGGAGGUAAAUGAGUGUCGAAUUUGGUCAACAUUUUUUUUAUUGCUAAUUUGCUACUUGAGGCUUAUUUGAUCUAAUGUAAGUCUAAUAAUGGUUAGGUUGUUACGAAUGGCAUUUCGGCAACUUUGAAAAAAUGUACUUUAUAUCGUAGUAGUGCCUGUUGUCAUAGAGCUAGUGGAGUCAUCAUGGACAUAACCCGUUUUACCAUGGUUACUGCCCUCACCGUUUUAACAUGGAUACAGCCAUUGAAGGCUUCCACAAUUCCGCCAUGGGUGGGAAAUCCUCUGAGCCAAUAAAGAUUGUAGCUGUGCCAUUAUAGCGCCAUUGAGGCAAAGAUGAGUCCUCUGUCUAGCUCUAUGGCCUCUUCACACACUUAUCUCCUUUUUCAUUGGCUAGAAUGAUCCCACCUGAUCUCGCUUCCUCCCCCCCUGCCUUCCAUGUAUUUCCAUUGUUGGAGUGGUAUAUCUACUAUCUUGUCAAUAUAAUAUACAAUCUUUGGUUGUAGUGGUCUGAUGUCUUGGCAAUAAAGAGAUUGUAACUCUUAUUGGGAUAGUCCCUCCCCAUGCGACACACAUCGACCACAGAUUUUAAUGGUGUAGGCUUUCUUCUCUGUGAAGCCAUUGGCUGGCUAGCUAGCUAUUUUCUUUGCUAAUUAGCAAGCUGGAAGUUUUGUUUUUGCUAGCACACUGGCACAAGUUCCUGCCCGGGUCAUGCCUCCAUUUGGAGCAAUGCCUUGCGGUCGUGUGAUUCGCUCAAGUUAAAUGAUGACAAAUACUUUACUCAAUAAGUCACUCACAUAGAAUUGCAUGAUCAUUCACACUAGGCCCACUUUGCAUCGUUGAUAUCCUAGGCUCAUAUGCGAUGUGCGCAAUAGCACUGUAAUGAGGUUACUAUAAAUUGAAUAGGGGCCCAUUGGGGACACAUUGAGCCUAAUGUGUACCUGCUAAACUCAACUGGCCAACUGGCUGUAUUGUUAUGACUGAUUUGCUGUGUGUAACUUUGUCCCAUCUCUUUGAAUGUCUCUUGAGGAGAGAGGUCAAAGUGAGGAGGAGAACCAGAGGGGAGCAGAGUGGUUGUGUCACUUAGCCAGGGACAGGAAGUACAGCCAGAAUGAGUGAGCUUGGUGCCGCAAACAUGCGACCAGACAGGUUAAGCUCUCUGUUUUACUUACACACACACAGUAUUCUACUUUGGAAAAUUCUGUACAUUUAAACCAUGUAUUUUUAAUUAACAGAUUUGAUUCAAAUAAAAGCAAUAAUAUGUAUGCUUCUCUUUACACAAUAAAAUAUGUAUUAUCAUAACUCUUUUUAUUGCUCAGUUACUUGUAUCUUUUGCUUAUACCUUAAACUGACAUGUCCAUUGUUGAUGCAUUAUGAGGCAGUGAGUGACAGUCUAGGUACUCCCAACUGUGUUGAUAGGAUCAUCAUAUUCAUAUUCGCUGGAUAGAUCACACUUUUAUAUUUUACAGAAAAUGUUCUAUCUUGAGAAUGUCACCGCUGACAUCAAGCAGUAGAAAAUGUGAGGUGCAGGUACUCGGCUCAAGUGAGCCCCUGCUCAAGUCAAGCCCUAAGCCUAACUUUUUCUUCUUCUUGUCAAUUGACAUGCACCAUCUGAAAUAAUCACCUGCCAAUUUCAACUAUUUUCUAAAUGUCAACCAUUGUAUUGUAUCAUCAAGAUGAGUAAGAAACUCUAAAGUUUUUAGUCUAAAGUUCUUAGUCCAUGCAUGUGCUUAGGGAUGGAAGUGGGGACAUGAUUUAAGGAGGGAUGAUAGAUGGCAAAUUUAAGAAAUGGUUUGGGUUGGGUACAAUAAAUAUUGAGGGGGAAAAAAGAUUCAAACACCACUGGCUAUUUAAAACUGGGAAAAACCCAGUCGGGGUUUCGGCAAGAGCUCAUACAACUAUCUGUUUUUCAUUGUGAGAAAAUCUUGUCCUGUACCUGUUUAUUUGAAGUGCCAUGAUUAGGUAUGUGCGCAUAAGUGAAUGCUGUCAUGUGGGCCUAUUAUUUACAUGUUCGCUCAUUGAGGGUAAAGUGGGUGUGUGCAGCAGAACCAUUCAAAUGACUUAUGACAUAUGUCAAAUUUUAAAGAGAUGUAUGUUUUUAUUUAUUUUUUGUCAAUCGAAGUUUGUCAGCGACCGCGUCUACAACCAUUUCAGCACCGCGGUCAGCUCUCACUACUAGAACAAAAGACAGAUUUGCAUCCCUUGAUGUCAGGCACCGUCAAAAAGUGCAUGGCUGAAAGGAAGGACGAAAACAUGUCAAAACCAAAAAUCCCUCUCAUAGAUUAUAAAAGUAUAAUUUAGUCCAAUAAAUGUUAAGUAUUAUAUGAUUAAGUAAUCGAUUUUGUAUCAUUAUGUUGUCUCAUUCUGCACAGUCAAAAAAAGAGAAUGGAGGAAAUGUGGUCUUAAGACCAGUCCUGGUAGAAUUCUUAGACGCUUCCUAACGGCAGACAUCACGGCUUGUUACAACCUAAGGGAGCAUAUAGAUCGACAGGGAGGGAGACACCGGUUUACGACGUCAAAGGCAACGGAGUACACAGAGCCAGCCAACGCGGGAGCGAGCGGCAGCAAUAGUCUACCAUUUCCUGUGUUGGACCAUAGGGAACCUUUUAUUAUAACCACAAAACGCUUGAGAAAUCCCAAAGAGGUUGUCAUUUUUUUUUUCGAAAAUCCAAUUUUGUGUGUAUUUAGUGGAACAUCGGGUUUGUACACGUAACACAAAUCAAAACUACGAGAUAAAGCAUCACACGCUCAUGUUUAUGGAUAAAGGACGUCGUCGCUUGGAUUUGUUCGGUGCGCUCUUUUGGGGGUAACUUGUCAAGGCACGGAUUCAGAGGGGUCCUACAUUAGACAAAUUUAAUUGAACAGGAGAAUAGACAGAAACCGAAAAUAAACCCUAUUUGACAAGGGACAGAGGAGAACGGGUGAUUCUGCUCUCAACUAACUGCGAGACGAAGGAGAGGAUCAAGGAGGAAUAGUAGGACCGAGUUGAAACCUUUGCCGGUCAUCUCCACAUUAUCCGAAUAUCUAUAGGUCCUCCCCGCUCCUUCUGACCACAUUUCCAGUGUCCGUCCUCGGUGCGCACAUCCCUGCUCCCACACCGUGUCAAUGAAGGAGGCCGACGCAAUCAAGCUCUUCAUUGGGCAGAUACCCCGAAAUCUUGAGGAGAAGGACUUGAAACCGAUCUUCGAACAGUUCGGGAAAAUCUAUGAGUUGACAGUGAUAAAGGACAAGUACACGGGGAUGCACAAAGGCUGUGCCUUCCUGACAUACUGCGAACGAGAGUCUGCCCUCAAGGCCCAGAAUGCACUGCACGAGCAGAAGACGCUACCAGGGAUGAACCGGCCCAUUCAAGUGAAGCCAGCAGACAGCGAGGGCAGAGGGGAAGACAGGAAGCUGUUUGUGGGCAUGCUGGGGAAGCAGCAGUCUGACGUGGACGUGAGGAAGAUGUUUGAGGAGUUUGGGAACAUUGAAGAGUGCACCGUGCUCCGCGGCCCUGACGGCACUAGCAAAGGCUGUGCCUUUGUGAAGUACCAGAACAAUGCAGAGGCUGCGGCAGCCAUCAGCACUCUGCAUGGGAGCCGCACUCUACCGGGAGCCUCUUCCAGCCUGGUGGUGAAGUUCGCCGACUCUGAGAAGGAGCGAGGGAUAAGGCGCAUGCAGCAGGUGGCGUCCCAGCUGGGGGUCAUCAGUCCCAUGACCUUACACCUCGGGGCUUACAAUGCCUACACACAGGCACUGGUGCAGCAGCAGGCUCUGGUGGCCCAGUCGGCGUACUUGUCUCCUGUGUCCACCAUCACCAUGCAGCAGUUGGCUGCCCUCAACCCGAGCAGCCUCAUUGCCACGCCCAUCGCAUCACUCACUACCUCCUCGGGUACCAGCACUCCGCCCACCAUGGCAGCCACACCGGUGCCUGCUCUGCCUCCACCACUCAGCUACCCUCCAGUCCCAGCUCCACCCAAUGGACAGUCAGUGUCUGAAACCCUGUACACCAAUGGAGUUCAUUCUUACCAAGCUCAAACUCCAGUUUUGGAUCCUCUUCAGCAAGCGUAUGCUGGGAUGCAGCACUACACAGCAACCUACCCUUCUGCCUAUGGAAUGGUGGGGCAGCCAUUCCCACACCAACACACAAUGGUUGCACAGCAACAUCAGCAGCCUCAGCAACUGCAGCAACGAGAAGGGCCUGAGGGGUGUAACAUCUUCAUCUAUCACCUGCCUCAGGAGUUCACUGACUCUGAGAUGCUGCAAAUGUUCAUCCCCUUCGGCAACGUCAUCUCAGCAAAGGUCUUUGUUGACCGUGCCACCAAUCAGAGCAAGUGCUUUGGUUUUGUGAGUUUUGACAACCCGUCCAGUGCUCAGACGGCAAUUCAGGCCAUGAAUGGUUUCCAGAUUGGCAUGAAGAGGCUCAAGGUGCAGCUCAAGAGGCCCAAGGAUGCCAACCGACCCUACUAAAUGAGCAGGGGAGAUGAGAAGGGAAGAUAUAAGAGUUCUAUCAAGAAACUGCUUGGGACGUUCCAGCCUUUUUGGUUGUUUCGCCAACCGUAUAGCACAGGGAGCAACAACACUUCUCAGAAAAAUAUGAUAAAUAUAUGUAUCUGCAACAAUAACAAAAAAAUCUGUAACAACAAAAUAACAAACGUGUGGUGGGUGGUUGAGUACACAUACCAUUCCGCAGCUGGAUUCAGUCAUAUUAUGUACAAACUGUAUUGUCAGCUACAAGGUCUACAUGAAAAAGCAUAUUCUACUGAACAGGGUUUUACUGUAUAGUGUGGUUUGUGGUCCAUAACGUAAGGGGGAAGGGCAAUGUCUGGGGUUGAAGAAGUGGGAUGGUAACCUUUAUCGGGGGGAAAAAAUAAUAUUCUGUAUGAUUACCAUUGGUCGAUUUGGUAUGUAGAUUUAGUUUAUUAUUUAAAAGUAAAUGAUAGAAGGGGUAAUUAAACAGGAAGAAAUCAACUUCUUCUCACUGUACAUAUCUUUGUUUUAAAUGGAGUCAAAUAAUGAAAAUGUGUUAUUAUAACCACUACUACUGGUAUUGGCAUAAUGGUGGGAGGGAAGGUAAUUGGGUGGAAUUUUUGUAUCUACAUUUUUUACAUUUAAUUUAUUUGUUAAUGGCGCUUUUUUUUUCUUUUUUUUUUCUUUUUAUUUUAGAAAAUAGAUUCCUGUGGUCUACAAGACUAUGGAUAAACUUAUUGUAGAAUGUUUAAUUACAUAAAUGUAAUUAUCAAAAAAUCAUUGUUUAAUUAUUUAUUCCCUACAAUUGCUGUUUUAAAACAUGUCUUUAAGAAAAAAUAAAGUAAAAUUUAGAAAAGGA